CAGAACCCAACAAUACCCUGCUCUUUCAAGAACUUAAAACAGGAGAUUUGCAUCCCAUGAUGGAUAUUUUUUCGGCCGGUUGUGCUUUGACUGAAUUGUACAAUGAAGGCCACCCGCCUUUCGAUUUCUCUCAACUUUUAGCUUAUAGAAACGGCGACUACUCUGCAAGCAAGCACCUUGAUAAUAUAGAAGACGAAGGCAUUCGAGAAAUCUUGGCCUCGAUGAUCGAGAAAAAUCCGUCGAAUCGCAAGAGCGCUGAAUUGUAUUUGUCACAGGCACGAGGCAAAGUGUUUCCAGAAUAUUUUUAUGGAUUUCUACAGUCGUACAUGCAGAUCUUCUCGGCAGCGCCGAUCCUCUCACCCGAUGAAAAGAUCAGUAGACUGAAAAAAGACAUCGGUAAUAUUAAAAAAAGAAGUGCGUCGUGGAUUGUGGGUUCUGUUCUAUUUCAUUUUUAUUUCUAAGAGAAGAGAACCGUUUAAGAAUUAUACCGUUUAAUCAUUUGGAAAUUAAACUUUCGAAAUUUUGAAUGCCUAGCUUAGAUAUUCUGUCAUGCGUGUCUCUCUUUCUCUAUAUCACUUUUGUCGAGUUUUUUUUUCUUGCGGCGCGGUUUGGUUUUGAACACUGUAACUUUUAUCAUGCAAUAAUACAUAUCUGAAUAAUAUGAGGCAUUGCAACAAAAAUAUUAGUUAUAAAGACUCUAUAAGCUUAUAUUUAUAUCAACUGAAUACUUAAGGUUCUUGGCUAUUUACAGUCAUAAUGUACAAUCACUUCACAAAAAGUGGUUUAUCAUGCUUUAUGUCUGUAGAUUUAAUAAUAUAUUUUAAGUUUUUUUUAUGUAAAAAAAUAAUUUAGCUUUAUUAUGAUAAGUAAAUAUAUACCUUGAGCUACAAAAAAUUAUUUCAUAAUCAUAUUUUCCCCAGAUGUGUAUUAAUGCACUCAUAAAAGUGACAAAAUGUUUUUUUUUAACUUCGCAUUUGAAAGAGCAAUGAUAAUAUAAUAAUAUUAAUAACAAUAGAAGAAUUUAUAAAAGAUUUCGAAAUUAUAAAAUUUUUUCUUAAAAUACGACGGGCAUCCAUUUGAUUUGCGAAUGAGGGUUGAUUGAGGAAACGAGAAUCUCGUUGGACUAAGAUUUGCGCUCCAGUUUAUUCUUCCACAGUUCUCCGCUUUAUGAGUAUUUAAAAUUUUUGUAUACGCAAGAAGAAUCCACACUUUUUUUGCACAAUACAUAAUAAGGGCAAACUUUUUACGCCAAUUAAAUCCACGUAUUAAUUUUUUAAAUAAUAUAGUUGUUUGUACAUUAAGAGAAACUUAGUUCGUAAGCCAAAUAUAUUGAUAAUGUGAAAACAAGCAGACAUUGCUGUCAAGGUAUAUUACACAAAUAGUCUGGAGGCGAAUAAAUGGAUUUUCAAAUUCUACCUCCUUGUCAUUUUUAAUGUACUGAUUCAAGCCUAUUCCUUACCAAAAUUAGUAAAAAUAAACUCAAAGUUGUUCAUAUUUUAGAAUAUUUAUAUAUUUCAAAACAAAUAAGUAUAAUAUAUAAUCAAGUUUGUUUACAUGUGUUCACAAGCAUACAAUAGUUCUUUUUUCCUUGCAUCAAGAAUUAUAACAUUUUAUUCAUAAUUUCACCUUCCUCCGCCUCAGAUGAAUCAUAUCUGCUUUAUUGCCAACAAGUGCGAGUAAGUAGCACAGUUUUUCCAAAAUAUGGACACAGAAAAGAAUAUCAGGAGAAAGUUUGAUGAUCCAUUCUCCUAAUGCACCUUUUACAAAUCCUACAAUGAUGUGCCCUAGGUGGUCUGUAAGUCUCACACCUAGUGCACACAGUCCAGUCAUUUCUCAUCACAAUCAUCUCCACCAGAACUUCCUGUAUGAAUAUCCGAAAAGUCCAUCCUUGAUUGCGGCAAUGGCACAACCCCUGGAUCGCUGCAUACUGCUUUCAGAUGCGACAUCAUCAGCAGCAGCACAAAGUGCAGCCAGCAGCACUAAGUAUUUUCUCCACUGCAGAACAGCUGCUCGCUUUGCCUGCCACACGCUGACCGCUGACGCACUCGGAGUGGUUUGCGCAUGCGCAAUACGUUGGUGCUGUAUGUUAAAUUUCUCAAAAGUGAUUUUUUAGAUUUUUUUAUAAAUAAAUGCUUUUUUUGCAAUAUUUAGCAGUGUCUCAAUUACAAAUAGCUAGGGUUCAAUUUUUUAACGUUGAUAGAAUAUCGGUAAACACAAUAUUUCUUGAGAAAAACGUAUUUUUCCAAGGUACAUAUAGCACAUUUCUUUUUUAUUUUUAAUUAAAAAACUACGGAGGUUCAAUUACAAUAAAUAGAUUAUUUGUAAUGUGCAAUUAAAAAUACAUCGACUAGUAUUUUUUUUAUUAUAUAUAUUCAAUAUUUGCGGGCUGGGGUAAGGGGGGUUGAAUUUUACACAAUACACGCACGUGCGCGUGUUGCGUCUGAAUAGCGACGGCCUAUAGUGUCAAAUUAAAACCCUUUUUUCGAGGUUACCUUUGAACUUCUCUGAUGUUUCAGUGUCAACAUGCAUUGUUGCAGCAGGUGACAGUCUAACAAUCAUGUUGAAGUAUUUACUUAAUAACUUUUUUUGACACGCUGUGAAAAUUGUUUUAAAUACAUUUUAAUUUAAUUAUACUUGGUUUAAUUUUGUGUAUCAACUGAUAUCAAAAUUACAAAAUGCCAGUCGUUUGUAAUAGAGUAACAUGUAACAAAAAUGCCGUUUUAAAAAGGCCAAAAACCGGUGAUCCUAUGUGCAAAGAGUGCUUUUUUGAUUGCUUUGAAACAGAGAUACACGUAACAAUAGUAAAAGCAGAGUUGUUCAAAAGAGGAGACAAAGUUGCCAUCGGAGCAUCAGGUGGAAAAGAUUCCACCGUACUAGCUUACAUUUUGAAACUGCUCAAUGAGCGUUAUGAUUAUGGAUUGGAAUUGUUUUUACUGUCUAUUGACGAAGGAAUCAGUGGAUACAGAGAUGACAGUCUUGAGACAGUCAAACAGAACCGAGAUGAUUAUCAGUUGCCUUUAAAAAUAUUAUCCUACAAAGAUUUAUAUGGAUGGUCCAUGGAUGAAAUCGUUAAACAGAUAGGUAAAAAGAAUAAUUGCACCUUUUGUGGUGUAUUUCGAAGGCAGGCUUUGGACAGAGGUGCAGCGUUGUUAAAUGCAGACAUGAUUGUUACUGGGCACAAUGCUGAUGAUAUCGCAGAAACUGUUAUAAUGAAUGUAUUGAGAGGUGAUCUUGCAAGAUUGUCUCGUUGUACACAUAUUGUUACUGAAGGAGAAGGAACCAUUCCCAGAUGCAAGCCUUUAAAGUAUGCAUAUGAAAAGGAAAUUGUUAUGUAUGCUCACUACAAGGAGUUAGUUUACUUCUCAACAGAAUGCUCCUAUUCACCAGAAGCUUACAGAGGUCACACUCGCGAAUUCUUAAAACAAAUUGAAAGAGUCAGGCCAACUGCUAUACUCGACAUUAUUCAUUCCGGCGAGAUGGUAAGGCUGAAAGAAAGCGUCAAGAUCCCAGAACGUCGAAACUGCACACGUUGCGGAUUUAUCGCCAGUCAGGAGAUAUGUAAAGCGUGCGUUUUACUUGAAGGUUUGAAUAUAGGUAUGCCAAAACUAGGUAUAGGAAAAUCCAAUAAAGCUAAAAAAAUACUGGGUAUGAAAGUCGAAGACGGAUCCGAAAAUAUAGAGAAAAAUGCGCGCAAAAAGCCAGCCAGAGUUGGUGAUAGUAAGAAGAAAAUCAGAAGAGAAAUGAAGAAAAAAAAGAUGGAACAAGAUAAUCUCAUAAGAAGGGGUCUAAUAAAGCCGGAAGAAGAGAAAGAGCAGUCAUCUUCUUGCGGAGGUGGAGGAGAUUGUGGAGAUAGUUGUGGGUCAAAGAAGCCUGAAGCGUCAUCGGAAGACGCAGAUGAUUUUUUAUUUUUGCUACCAGACGCAGAUCCUUUUGAACAAUCAUCUUCAUGUGGAGGAGGAGAAAAAAAGGGAAAUUGCGGAUCGGGAUGUAGGUCGAAAGAUUCGAACCAAUCAACGUCAGUUAUCAGUGAAGCAGCCGCGUUAGAGCGAGAAAUGGAAGAUAUUUCGUUAGAUUCUCCGCCUGAAGAAAGUCCAUAUUAUGAAGAAUUAGGUUGUGGAGGCGUAAUUGAUUAUGCUUUGAGAGUGAGUGCUUCUGGUGAUGAUGAUGAAGAAUUUUUUAUGGAAGCCGAAGAGAUGGAAGAAGAGAUAGAGUGUGAAUGUCCUUCAGAAUUAAGAGCAGAUCCUGAUGAGACCCGUACGACAUCCAGUCCACCAAUAGAGUUGAAUUUUGAUCCCGAUGAAGAUGGGGAUGAAGAAUUCAAUAUACCCGUUUUCAAAAAAUUAAUGGCAAUGAUGCAUCCAGAAUUAAGAGUUCACUUGAAAGAGCCCUUAACACCUGAAGAAAUAGAAGCUGCCGAAAAUAAAGAGUCGUAUCGCUUUAGCGACGAAGAUAUAGACUUCUUGGCCUCACUAAUAGUAAAAGACUUGAAACCCAUCGAAUCGGACGAAGAGUCAGAGAAACAAGACAAACAUUCUACAGAGCCACAAUCCACAACCCAGGCAGACACAGAUAAAACGAAAGUAACAAAAGAAGCGUUGGAGGAACCUCAUCAAUCGGAUAAUCCAGAUCAGUCUACAGGUAAUGGUCCAACUUUGGUUAAGGCUAAACCAAAAAGGGUAGGGCCCACUCUUCUGUUACCAGAGAUGAUGCACAAAGCUAAAAAUAACUUGGAUUUUUAAACUAUUUUGCUAUGAAGAGAGAUAAUAUACCUUGUUUUUUAAAACUUUA